AUAGGCUACAGGGGACAUAAGAACACACAUACGUUUAGGCUGGAAUAAUCAGUUUAGACGCAUCGAGGGCAACGUCAAAUUUGAUAUUCAUUAGGCUAUAGGCUACCAGAAAUCUCAGGGAAGAAAGAAGCGAACAGACUGUUUGUUGUCCAUUUGGAAUCGGCAUGGACGCGUUUAAGAAAGGACUGUCAAAAGCCAAGGAUGGGGUUGUGUUGGCGGCGGAGAAGACCAAACAGGGAGUGACAGGAGCAGCUGAAAUGACUAAAGAUGGGGUCAUUUUUGUUGGUUCUAAAACAGUGGAUGGAGUCACUACAGUGGCCGGGAAGACUGUUACUGGGGUGUCACAGGUGAGUGGUGCCAUGGUGACUGGAGUCACAACCGUUGCCCAAAAAACAGUGGAGGGUGCUGGGAACAUUGUCGCUGCAACAGGACUGGUGAAGAAGGAUACACCAAAACCAGAUGAAGAGGCCAAGGAGGCGCCGGUGGAGAAUGCAGGGGAGACUCAGGCUGAGGCUGACAACAGCUGUGACAAGGCCACUGAGGACACUGAGUGAUACUCCUUGUGUUCCUUGACUCAAGAGUUCAAGAACAUUCCAUGUGACUCUGCCAAGUUCCCUUUUACUGCGUUGUGGUUCUCCAUGGAUAUGGUUCGGUGUGUCUCUGUGUGUGUUUGAGUGAAAAUAAUUCAGGUGUGUUUGGGAGUGAGAGUGCAUGUGUCUGUGUUGGUCCAUGUUCUUUGUUAGUCCUGACUGUGGUACAUGUGUACAUGUAUUCAUGUGUGUGUCCCUGAACCAGGUGCUAUCUUACGUGACUCCCUCCCACUAAGACAGGUCUCCUGGUCAGAGGAGAGUAUUUGCUCUGUGGAAUUUGUCGCUCUGGGUUAAAAAAGAAAAAUGUAUGUCAGAUAGAAUGCUAAUUCACCUCUGAUGCUUUCAAUUUAAAUGGUGAAUUGAAAACAUGUGGUGUAAACAAGUGGCAACAAACACCUAAGUGUCUAUAUAAUUAUGAAUGAUAUGAAGUUACUUUUCAAUAUAUUAUAUUUGUAUGUGUUCGAUCUAACUGGUAGGUUGUGCUGAGGUACUUUUAUGUAGAAUUAUAUUUUCUAUGUUUACAAAGUGGAUGAAUAGUACAUGGAAUCUGAUACAAGUUGCAUGGAGUAAAUGCUGUAAUUUGCCUGUUACAUUAUUUAAAAUGCUGGAUGUUAAAUAUAAAACAAACAAAUCAACCGCAUUGCACUGUAUAUUGUACAGACUGGAAUAAAGAAAUGAAUGAAUUGCGAA